UUCUUCUUCUCCUCGCUAUUCAAUCUUGUAAACUUGAUCAUAAUCUUCAUCUUCAUCUUUCUCUUCUCCUUUCUCCUCUCCACGCCCACUUGUUCUUUGGGGCCUAACCUUGCGACCCCCGGUCCUUUUCACCCACCCUAGUCCCCCUGCGGUCACCUUUUCUCACUACCCCCCAGCCACCUUGAUUUUUCCCUCUCUGGGCAUCUGUACCAGGUCUUUCCGCACCUGACACCCAGUUUGACAGUUCGCGCUCCGAACACGUCCACCUCACCAUUACAUCCACCCACCAGUCCACGACUCUAUCACAACCACUGAACCUCUCCACCACCACUCUUUCUGCAGUUGUGCGCGCCAAACCAAAUCCUCCCUUCUGAUCUCGUUCGCUACACCACUCGACAUUCUCGCGCCGGUACCAUUCAGAUCAAUUCCACCCUCAUUCUCUGCGGUCGACCGCAAAAUCGAGCCCAUCGACGCGCACACAGCAUGAACCCGUAGACGCUCAAUACUCAUCUGGCCUGCAUUUCUUGGGUCGCUGUACCUCACCCCAUCUUCGCGUCAUCCUUUCGAGUCAACACCUGGAGUGCGCUCACCACAAGGACCAUGGCGUAUCCAGAUUCAUCUCCCACACUCAUGGCCUCCUCCGCCCAAAAGAAACCACAAAUGUCCAUCACACUUCCUCGAAAUUUUGCUCCCUUUCGUUUCGAUGGCGUCGACGACCCAAAGACACCAGAUCAGACCUUUGCCGAACUCAAGCUACCUCCUCCACCUCAUCACUCGACUUGUCGCGUCCGUCGAUCCCGCGUCAAUCUGAACUCCUUUCAGGCGCGUAACAAUGCUCUUCCUUCGACGCUCUUUGCAUCCGACAUUCCUGUCCCGUCUAGCGCGCAAUCCAUGCAAUCGACCUUUAGCAUGGAUGCCGACACUCCCCUUCCCUCCGUCGAACUCACUACCGACUCCCUCAGACCGGCUUUCACACACGCUCUUUCAGAUCCGUCACCGAGUGAACGCCUCAGAUUGUCUUCGCUGAGGGAUUCCCAGCUUCCUCGCACACCCAUCGCGCAGACCAAAGUUGUCACGUCCGAAUAUCGAGGGAGCGCUUGGGAUAUGCACCGAUCUUCUUCAGAGUGCUCGAUUCGAUCUGAGUCUUCGCAGUCGUCAACGGAUCAAUUCACGACUCGUCCCACUUCAUUCGAUGGAAGUGCUACCAGUCCAGACUUGGAAGGACAGGAUCCCUUCUCUCCAACCAAAGUCAACAUCAUCCCCGACACUCCGUCAAGGAAGAGCAAGAAACUUCGCGUUCAUACUCUUAUGUCCAAAGGCAACGUCCCCUGGAGCAUCGAGAUGGACAAUCAUCUUUUCAAUGUAUACCAAAUGUACCUGGCAGAUCCCACUGUGACACCUUUCAAGACCGUUCCAGGAAGCAUUCCCCCCACAGGAGUCUGCCAUCGCGUGGCUCGCCGAGCCAGAGAGACGUGGCCCCGCGCCAGCAGAUUCUCCAAACCCAUUGUCAAAAGAUAUCGAGUGCGAAAUGUCAUGGAAUCCCGAUUUGCUGCUCGGGACAAGACGCCAGAGCCGAACGACUUUUUGAAGACGGACAAUGCGGACAUACGGGCUCCUUGGCCCACAGAAUCUGCCACCAGGAAGCGCCUCAAGCAAUUAUGCAAGGAGAAGUUCACGAUCUCAGCACAUUAUCAGCGUCUGCGUGAGUCUCGAAGCCCUUCACCAUUCCAUGAUCAGUUCUUGAGGCGGCCAUCUUCUCGUCUUGGACGCUCAACUUCUCGUCAGCCAGACCAAGACCUCUCGACAGCCUAUACCACCCGAGAGCUUGGGAUUUCCUUGGUCGCUAGCGGUGCAACUGCACCUCUCGCACAACUUGCCACCGGAGACUCUCCCCCAACAAAGGUCAUGUCGGAUGACUGGUUCAAUACUCCAGUCAGCAAAGAUUCAGAGUCUGAGCCCAUGUCACUCUCCACCCCGUCUGGUCUUGGCAUUGAAACACAAUCCGACCGACUCAAGGUGGCCAACAACAUUCCCCGACUUGCUUCACCUUUUAAUUACAGCACUUGGAAUGGGUCCAGCAAUUCUGGUAGUCAACAUCGACGCCAUGUCAGCCAUGGUCAUUUCGGUACAAUCCAUGCUACUGGGUCAAGGCUUCUAUCACCCUUCAAACUCGAGACUGAGUCUCUACUCAAUAUCAAUAAACGACGGGCGCAACACACUCUGGAUGACGAACUCAGUCCCAGUGGUAGCAACCUGAACAAGCCGAUGCAGCCAGAGCUAGAAAUGAAUGCUCCUUCACCCAUGGCACUGGAACCAAAACCAGAAGUUCGUCCAGAGCUAGUGUUUACGGGCGCCGGCGAUAUUAAUCAGCGUCGAAUCCGCGUUCGCAAUCGGGGUGCAACUUUGGGGGCGGUGGUUAAUGGUCGUGAACAUAUCGAAAGACUGUUCAAUCCGCCAACAACACAGACCCCUGAUCCAGACAAUGGUAUACCUCCGGUUCCCGCACUUCCACCAUCUUUGACUGCUUUGGCAAAGCCAGCAACGGGUUUGGCGGCUUCCUCCCUCGCUCCUCCUGAGCUCGAUCCAACUCAAAGGCGGUUGGGCAGUCCGUUUGAGCUGGAUCCUAACAAACGCAACUACCGUGUCAAGAACUCGAGACAUGUUCCGAGCUUGAGUGAUCCAUUCAUCAACACGAGUGCCUUUGCAACAAUGCCAAGCUACGGUCAUGGGCAUAAUAGCAGUCUGAGUAUUGGAGAAAGAUUAGCCUUGUUCAGUACUUUCCAUCCCAGCCACCAUCAACGACUACCAUUACCCGAUCAACCAGCAAGAGAUGAUCCAUUCACUUAAACACUAUCAUUUAGCUUAGGGGGCUCAUUUCAUGUGCUUGAUGGAUCAUGACGUGUCAGAAUGCAUGUGAGGUUGGAAUGUUUACCAUGCCUGACAGAGUACAAUAGCAGGUGCUUUAUGGGGACAGCGGAACGCGGCCUUUUUUGACGAACGACAUUUGCAAGGCGUUUACGACAAAAACAAAUUUAGUGCAGAUUUUGCUGGAGAACUUCCAUGCAUAUGAGGGUGCUGGCUGGGCCGGCUAUUGGCGUUGCUUUCACUUUUGGUCCAUAUGGGACACAGUUCUUGACGAGAAUGUGGAGGUAAUACAUCAGCGUGGUAUCUUGUAUUUUGGGGAGAUUACGACUGGAUGGGUUUUGGUCAUGUAAUCACAGACGUGAUAAAGAGGUGAUAUUGAUCAGUUAUGGACGCCAUGCUGGGCGUGAGAUUUGGCAAGACUGGAUCAGGACUGUCGUUGAGCCAAAGAAGGUCAGCAAUUGGUAGUACCUGAUUUGUCCAGCUUGCUUGGCUAUUACUGCCUCUUCUUCAGGAAAUUUUACGAGCUUAUGAAUAAGAAAAUGAGAAUGAC